GUUGUCACUCAUGGGCAGAUAACUCUAAACAGGUCACGUGUACAUCAGCUGUUCUCGAAAUGUCAUCACAACAAUGCUUGAUCCAGUGUCUAGUUUUGAUAAUUGCUAUGUGAGAGAAUUUUGUUUAAAUCCACUUUGGAGGCCUACCUUUAGAAUACAGUAAAGUAUUCGAGUUAUAUGACGGCGUCUCAGAUUAAUGUGCGAGGAAAGCCCUACCCGAUGCACGUGAAACCUACGACCAUACUGUCAUACUGUCAGUGUAACAAACUGUCUCAAGAAAUAUAAUGACUCAUUAACCUUCUGUUUCCCUUCAUCAACCACUGAUGGAUGAAGAUUAGAAGAAGAUGCAAUGAAGAACGUUGUCAGUCCACUGCACAUCAUGAGAGUCCGAGAGGUGUACUAUCGAGUGUUGAAGUUGCUGCUGUUGAUGUUGACGCCAGUGAUGUUGUGGAAAGGGCUGAUGGUGUGGACUGACUGCGACACUCCCAUCCUCAUCGUUGCCAGCGGGGACUUGUACCCAUCAUUCCUGGCUCGUGGUGACCUGCUGUUCCUCACCAACUACAAGGAGGAGCCCAUCCGUGUGGGGGAGAUCGUGGUGUUCAAGGUGGAGGGCCGAGACAUCCCCAUCGUACACAGAGUCCUCAAGGUGCACGAAAAGGAGAAUGGUACAGUGAAGAUUCUAACAAAGGGAGAUAACAAUCUUGUUGAUGACCGAGGCCUGUAUCCACCAGGGAAGUUCUGGCUGGGGAGAGGAGACAUUGUCGGGUUAGUGAAAGGCUAUGUCCCCCAUCUGGGCAUCACUGCCAUAAUUCUUCAGGAUUAUCCCAAGGUCAAGUAUGGACUGCUUGUUUGGGUGGGUGUUUCUGUCUGGACCUGAGAGACAACUCCACUGUACUGGCUCCCCAUUUCACUGGCAUCAGUACUGGGGAUGUAUUCUGCCCAGAAUCCACAGAGAGACAAGUAUGAGGUACUGGGGACAUUCUGUCUGGAAUCCCUGGAGAGACAAGCAUGACAUUUUGGGGACGUAUUCUGCCCAGAAUCCCCAUAGAGAGAGACAAGCAUGAGGUACUGAGGAUGUAUUCUGCCUGGAAUCCCUGGAGAGACAAGCAUGACAUAUUGGGGACGUAUUCUGCCCAGAAUCCACAGAGAGACAAGUAUGAGGAACUGGGGACAUUCUGUCUGGAAUCCCUGGAGAGACAAGCAUGACAUUUUGGGGACGUAUUCUGCCCAGAAUCCCCAUAGAGAGAGACAAGCAUGAGGUACUGAGGAUGUAUUCUGCCUGGAAUCCCUGGAGAGACAAGCAUGACAUAUUGGGGACGUAUUCUGCCCAGAAUCCACAGAGAGACAAGUAUGAGGAACUGGGGACAUUCUGUCUGGAAUCCCUGGAGAGACAAGCAUGACAUAUUGGGGACGUAUUCUGCCCAGAAUCCCCAUAGAGAGAGACAAGCAUGAGGUA